AUGGUCUCGGUCGAUAUCAGCAUCGCGGGUCCAGACAACAGACAAGGCUAUUGCAAGGUUGAAUCUAGCUCUGAGCCCGGUGUCCUGGCCCCAGUGGAUUCCAAUGUAACAGUGGGUAGUGGGCAGUGGCUGCUUCAGCUGUCGAGCCAGACUGGACCUGGCGGGGUCUUGGUUGCUCGCAAUGUGGUAGCGAUAGUGGGGAUCAUAGACUCGGGAUUUCAGAACGUGCAAGGCUUCCCCCGGUAUUCGGGGUUCUAUUGGUAG